AUGGCUCCUGAUAUUGAUGUGUUGACAUGUUCUAAACAACCUAUAAUUGAGUUUUCAUUUUCUGGUUAUGAUUCUGUUAAUGUCUAUGGCCCAGUUUGGGAUGAUUUUGGAGCUGCUUUUGGGGCUGCUUCAGUUUUUGGGCUUAUGAUGGGAAAGAAGAAAUCCACCAGUACUGAAAAUGAGGGAUCUGGAAAACCAAAAGCCACAUGGCUUGAUGAGGCCUUUGAGGAGUUAACAGGAAGGGAUUAUGAUAAAAGGCAAUUGAAAAAUAAGUGGAAUUCACUUAAAAAUGAUUGGAAAUUGUGGAGUUCACUAUUGCAUAAGGAAACUGGUAUUGGAUGGGAUCCGGCUAGGAUGACUGUCGAUGCACCUGUUGAAUGGUGGGAAUCCAAAAUUCAGAAAAGGGUCCCAUCUUGUUACAGUUUGUCUGCAUUGACUCUAAAGAAACGUAUGGAGCUGCAUGUUUAUUCUGUAAGAGGUAGCAUAGCCCUAGGUCACUUUGUCAUGAUUCCUUUAGCUAGUAUAGAUAUUGAAGAGGUUGUGGAGGAUUCUGAGCAUAACGUAAUUUCUGGAGAUGAUGAGGAGAUAGACCAGCAAGGUAAUGAAUGUAGAGGGAAAAAGAGAACAAGUGUGGAGUGCCAAAUUGGGCCUAAUAAAGAAAAAAAAAAUAAAGGAGUUAUGGGAGGGCCAAAGAGGAAGAAAGAAAAGAUGGGAGGUGCAUCGAAAUUGUCUAAACAAAUUGAUCGUCUUGUUGAAGUAGUCGAGAGUAGGAGUACAACAACAUAUGUCCGUAAUACUAGUACGGAACAAGGAACUAAUAUUCAGGAGGUGAUGCGAGUUGUUGCAACUUUACCAGGAGCAGAAACUAGUACCAAGCUGUGGUAG